AUGGCACUAAAAGUGAUCAAGAUUGUCCGAGUCAACCCUACUACAAACUCGUCCGAUGAAUCACUCAAUUCUUUCAGUCUCCCUCUAUCAUUCUUCGACUUACGCUGGAUAAAAUUCCACGCUAACAAACGAGUCAUUUUCUACAAACUCACCGAGUCAUCACCCGAGUCAUUCCACUCUCUCAUCCUCCCCAAGCUAGAGCUCUCUCUCUCCCAUGUCCUCUGCCACUACCUCCCCCUCGCUGGCCGCCUCACAUGGGACCCACGAGAUCCAAAGCCAUGCAUCACCGUCUCCAAGCAUGACACGGUUUCGCUUACCGUCGCAGAGACCAACGCUGACUUCUCCCUUGUAUCCGGUAACGGACAUACAUGUCCGGCAACCGAGUUGCAUCUCUUGGUACCAAACCUAACCGUGUGUGAUGACUCGACGACCGUGCUUUCUCUCCAAAUAACGUUGUUUCCAAACCAAGGAUUCUGUAUCGGCAUUGCAUAUCACUAG